GCUUCACCGCAGACAGAGACGAGUACGGUGCCGACACCAUGACUGAGAUCAACAUCGUCGGGCGAGUCACCCUCAACCUGUGGAGGACGAUGAAGACCGAGGCGACGUUGAACAACUACUCUUUUGAGAACGUGGCGUUCCAUGUACUUCACCAGCGCUUCCCCCUCUACAGCCCCCGCACGCUGUCCGACUGGUUUGACCACAACACCGACCUCUACAGGUGGAAGAUGGUGGACCACUACAUUAGCCGCGUGCGCGGCACUAUGCAGCUUCUUCAGCAGCGCGACAUCAUUGGCAGAACCAGCGAGCUGGCCAGAUUGUUUGGGAUUCAGUUCUAUCACGUUCUGACCCGAGGCUCACAGUACCGCGUUGAGUCCAUGAUGCUUCGCUUGGCCAAGCCGCUGAACUACAUCGCCGUGACGCCCGCUAUCCAGCAGCGCGCCCAGCAGAGGGCGCCGCAGUGCAUUCCUCUGGUGAUGGAGCCCGAGUCGCGCUUCUACAGCAACUCUGUCAUAGUGUUGGACUUCCAGUCGCUCUAUCCCUCCAUCGUCAUCGCAUACAACUACUGCUACUCCACCUGCCUGGGCCAUGUGGACAGCCUGGGAACGCCCGAUGAGUUUAAGUUCGGCUGCACCUCCCUGCGGGUUCCUCCCGAGCUCCUCUACCAGCUCCGCAACGACAUCACCGUGACGCCCAACGGCAUCGCCUUCGUCAAG